UCAAGAGGUUCUAAUACAGCCAAGAACAUGAUAUUUUAUAGAAUCAAUGCUAAAAGGUAUUCUGAGAAGGAGAUAUCAGCUAAAUACUAUAUUUCAAGUUACCAAACAGCCCUUCCUUUUGAAAAAGGUAUUGGAGUGUGUGAUCAAGAUGAAAAGAAUCAAGAUAAACUCAGCAAGAAAAAUAGAAUAAAAGAUUGAGCAGGUGGAUUAAGAAAAAUAACCUAUGCUCCAAAUAGCCAGAGGCCAGAUCACCAGAAGCCAUAUAUCAUUAGUAAUUUUACUGAAAUGAGGCAUGGAUCUCCUAAUAAAUUUUCAUGGAACUAGCCCACUAUCUCUGAAUCAAGUUUCCAAUGAGUUAAAUAGAAGAACAAGACUUGAAAGUGGUGAAAUCUGUCCAACAAGCCCACCGAGUAGAAGACCAAGGAAACGUUUUUAUGCUGACCAGGUGGUGUCUGUGAACCCCUUCAAACUUAGAGAACGUUGUCAUAUAUGACUGAGCCUCAACCACCCAUUAGAUGUAAAAUGCCCCUUAUUGAGAGUUGUUGGAGGACUUCAGAAAGAAAUUAAAUAAGGUGAUCUAUAGCGACAUCGAUGAAGAUUCAGGUAACAGAGAUUUUAUGUGGAAGAAGAAAGCUCGCCAUGGCUUUUACUAUAAGACUAAUGAAAUCAUUAAGGGCAUGGACAAGCUUGCACUUGAGGUAGAACCUGACCAAGAUUCUGAGUUGAUGAAGUAUGCUGAUAAUAGUGACACAGAAGAAGAGAAAGAAGAGCCUGAAAGGUUUCACCCAUCAAGCCCUUUCUCCAAUGGAAACACAAAAAGUGGGGGAGUAUGUUCUCCUCGAACUCCCGUUAUUGAGAAAUCUAAGCAUGAUUUCUUUGCUAAAAGAAAGUGCAAUAGCAAAAAUGUGAAGAAUCCUUUCCAAGGAAUCAAAAACAACAUUUUAGUAAUCACAAACAUGAGUUCUUCAGAUAGCGAAAAUGAGGUUGAGAUAAUAGAAGAUGAAAAAGAGAAGCAAACUCUUGAUUCAAAGUAUAGUUCACCAUACAAAAUAGAGACAAUUGCGGAGAAAUUUGAGAAGCUAUAUCCCUCUAAUUGAAAGCCUACCUUCUACUGUCCAGGCUGAGGCAGAAAGAAUAGCUUCCUAGCGACCUGUAAAUGACAAAUAGAAUCUUUUAAGACUGAAGUAAAAGAGGAAUAUGUUGAUAGCUCAGAUAGCGAGGAGUCCAUCCAAAGCCAACAAUGGGGUCAUAAGACAUCAAAUUUCAGGAAGCCAACUCAAAAUCAGUUCUGGAUAAAAGAGGAAGCUCAAGAAGAGAAAUAUAAUCAAGAAGAUGAAGAUAGUGAGGUUGACCGUGAAGAUCCUGCUCUUCCGUGGUAAAUUUCAAUGCUAUUCCAUAAUCCAGAUAUAAUUUUCAAUUUCUUUAU